UAAGUCCAGUCAUACUUUUAUCAAAUACAGCAUAACGCAUGUGUAAACACUGAAGAGAACAGCUCUCGGGAAAAAGAGCAGCAGGAUCUUGAGUCAUUUGUGGGUGGGAGAGCUGUGGGGACGGUGAGAAAACAGGCUUCUAGCACCAGAAGGUACUCUGUGACUUAAAUUUUGGAGCUUGUAUACUAUAAUAUUAGCUAACGUUUGACCUAAAAUCCUGGAAAUGAUGUGAUGUGGUUAACAUUUUAAGAUUGCUUUAUUCCCUCUGACUAUAAAAGUAACCUCUACUUUGGUUAUAUUCAUAUAAAAUUAACCAAAGACAACAGUUAAUAGUUUGAUUUUUAUUCCAGUACCUUUAUAUGCAUAGGAGUUUUGCCUACUGGGUGUCCUGUAUAUCAGUGUGUUUUAUUUUAUUUACGAUUAAUGCAAGUGUUGGGGUGACAUUUUGUAUAUAAACUUUUUCUUAUAAUUUUACUAGAGCAAAUUUCUAGAAAAGCUACCAACUAGCAAAGCUUUUAACUCCCUAGCAGUUCUCUAGACGUGUAGGAGUUGUUGCAGAGCACCAGUACGUUUGUCAUUAUCUUAACAGAAUGGAGCACUUUCUAAAGUCAGAUAAUUCCAUGGUCAAAAUGUGUGGUUUCAGUUUUGUAAUUUUUCAAUUCUAGCUAUGGGCUGGUGAGACUAUAAGGUCAAAGAAAAGGGGAAUCUGCUCCAUCUGAGCAACACUUACCAGUUACCUAAACCUAAGGAAUGGCAAAGAAGUCUGGAAUUACUUUUGAGGCCUGCUAACUGAUACUGUAUUCACCGGUCUAAUUUUGGUUCCCCAGAAGCGGGGCUGCAACUGAAAGGAGGAAUCAGUGUGAAGAGCUGGAGGCUGGCCAGUCUUCCACCUUUCCCAGGUUCCUCCCUCAUACCCUGGAGGCGGGGCCUCGCUGCCCGGAAGCGUCCGGCCACCCUGCUCUCCCACUUCCGCUCCGUCGUUGCUAGGCUACCGGGCCCUAGCAGCCGAAAGCCGCGGCAGGCGAGCGCUGCAAGCGUGUUUUCUGGGCGCUGAGCGUUUCGGCCGCUGUCCCUGCAGUGAGGUGGCCUCCCGCCUGGCUUAGGCUCCUUUGCCCGGGACGGGCCGGGGAGCGGAGGCGAUCGCACCCUUCCCCUGCCUUUCUGGGAAAUCUCCACGCCCCCGCCCCUAUUCUUCGGGAAACUGCCCCUCACCUCCUUCUCCAGCACCAGAAAGCCCUGAACCCCUGGGUCCCGUUUUCGCGAGCUCACACUGCGGGCCCCUGACCUUUCUUCUCUACCCCGAGGCGACUCCGUCGCAUCCCUCUACCCCCCACCCCCCAUUCGCAAUUCUUUCACUUUCCUGUUGCGUCCUGGUGGUGGGCAUCUCUCUCCUCGGAGAGGGAAGCAUGGGACCAGCACGGGUCCAGGCGCCUCAGGAGGCAGAGGCUGGAAGACAAACCGCCCUCCCUAGUUCCUCAGGUGUGCGUCCGAGCCUCAGAGUGGGAACCAGUAGCCAGCUUCUGUGUAAUCAGCUGCCCUUUUGGAAAUCGGGCGGGGGUUGUGGCUGGAUGCCGGUGUCACUGACUUGUCUUCAGCAUAGAAUGCAGAAGUAACAUGUUCCCAGCACUGGAAACAGAGGUAAAGCAGGAGACUCUUCCUGAUCCCUAUGAAGACUUUAUGUACCAUCAUCUUCAAUACUAUGGCUACUUUAAAGAUCACAGAGGUAGUUUACCAACCUCAGCUACACACCAGCAUGUUUGGAAGAAUAAUCCUCGAUACCUGUUGAGCGGCUCUUUUGGAGAAAGACAGGGUAUGAUACCAGACCCUCUGCAAAAGGAGAAGCUUCUGUGGCCCACCUGUAUAUCUUCACCUGUGCAUAGACAGAUAGAAGCUGUGAGCAGAGAUUCUCUUAUGCUUAGUUCACCACUUCUUAGGAGCAGGCAGCUUCUUCAUGAUGAAUUUGGUGAAGUCAACCCAUGUCUUCGAGAACCCCGAGAUCUCUUUACCUUCUUCUCUAGCAGCGGGCCUCUGCAGGCUCCGAGAUGGCCAAUAGAAUGUGAGGUCAUCAAGGAAAACCUUCAUCAUAUUGAGUGGGUUCCACCUCAACCAGAAUAUUUCUAUCAACCUACAGGAAAUGAAAAGUUACCAGAAAUUGUAGGAGAAGAAAAAGGCACAGUUGUCUUUCAAUUAGAUUCAGUGCCCACCGAAGGUUCCUAUUUCACUAGUUCCAGAGUGGGAGGCAAGCGAGGGAUCAUCAAGGAGCUUGCUGUUACGCUGCAAGGACCUGAGGACAAGACUCUCCUGUUUGAGUCAAGGUUUGAGAGCGGGAAUCUGCAAAAAGCUGUCAGAGUAGAUACCUAUGAGUAUGAGCUCACCUUGCGAACUGACCUCUACACAAACAAACACACUCAGUGGUUUUAUUUUCGAGUGCAGAACACUAGAAAAGAUGCCACCUACCGCUUCACCAUUGUCAACUUGCUAAAACCCAAGAGCCUUUAUACUGUAGGGAUGAAGCCACUCAUGUACUCCCAGUUGGAUGCCAAGACCCACAACAUUGGCUGGAGAAGAGAAGGAAAUGAAAUCAGGUACUAUAAGAACAACAGGGACGAUGGGCAGCAGGCCUUUUACUGUCUCACGUGGACCAUUCAGUUCCCACACGACCAGGACACUUGCUUCUUCGCACACUUCUAUCCAUAUACAUACACUGACUUGCAGUGCUACCUGCUGUCAGUGGCAAACAACCCUGUCCAGUCUCAGUUCUGCAAACUCCGAACUUUAUGCAGGAGCCUUGCAGGAAAUACCGUCUACCUGCUCACCAUCACCAACCCAUCCCGGACCCCUCAAGAGGCAGCUGCAAAGAAAGCUGUGGUCUUGAGUGCCAGAGUCCACCCCGGAGAAAGUAACGGCUCCUGGAUCAUGAAAGGCUUUUUGGACUUCAUCCUGAGCAACUCUCCAGAUGCCCAGCUCCUCAGAGAUAUCUUUGUCUUCAAAGUGGUUCCUAUGUUAAAUCCAGAUGGAGUGAUUGUGGGGAAUUACCGGUGUUCAUUGGCUGGAAGGGACUUGAAUAGACAUUAUAAAACCAUUCUGAAGGAGUCUUUCCCUUGUAUCUGGUACACCAGGAACAUGAUCAAAAGACUUCUUGAAGAAAGGGAGGUUCUCUUGUAUUGUGAUUUCCAUGGCCACAGCCGUAAGAAUAAUAUCUUCUUGUAUGGCUGUAAUAACAAUGAUCGCAAGUACUGGCUUCAUGAGCGAGUCUUUCCUUUAAUGUUAAGCAAAAAUGCGCCAGAUAAGUUCUCUUUUCAUAGUUGUAAUUUUAAGGUCCAAAAGUGCAAAGAAGGAACAGGACGAGUUGUAAUGUGGCGGAUGGGAAUCCUGAACAGCUACACCAUGGAAUCUACCUUUGGGGGGUCCACACUGGGCAAUAAAAGAGAUACUCACUUUACUACUGAGGAUCUAAAGUCUCUAGGUUAUCAUGUUUGUGACACCCUUCUGGAUUUCUGUGAUCCUGACCGAACCAAGUUCAUGCAGUGCCUAACAGAGCUUAAAGAGCUCUUACAACAAGAAAUCCAUAAGAAAUUCAAUGAGCUUGGACAAGAUAUGGAUUUAGAAGGAAGUUGGAGUGACAUCUGCUUGUCUGACAUUGAAUCCAGCACCAGUGGUUCUGAUAGUUCCCUCUCAGAUGGUCUCCCUGUUCACCUACUGAACGUAGCAGAUGAGUUGAAUCAAAAGAAGAAGAUGUAUAAGAAGAAAAAAAAGAAGCCGCUUCAGACUAGGAAACAGCGAAAUGAACAGUAUCAGAAAAAUAAUUUGAUGCAGGAGUUAAAGUUAACAGAAGAUGCCCUGUCCUUCCAGGAAAGGGCAGGGUUUGCUUCUUCUACCCUGCAAAAACAGCCUACCUUUUUCAGAAAUUCAGAGAAUGCCAGUUCUUCAGCGAUGAGAAAUGAAAAACCGAGGUUGAAUGAGUCACAGUUACAUGGAAGAGACAAGGGCACCUCGCUGGACCCAUCAAAAAUGACCUCGAUUCUGACUAAGAGUAAAGAGAGAAUGCAGACAGAGAAGCCAAGACCCACAGUGUCGUGCUCUCCCAAGAGAAGCACAAACUCCAGCCAAGAGCCAGCUGCAGAUAUGAAGUCACACUGGUCCAGGAACAGAUAUCCUGCCACAAAGAGAGGCCGCGCCGCCAUGACGGUUUACCCCUCCUUGCACAUAUACACGUACCCAUAGGGGGCCUUGGCCACACAAGAGCGUCAUUGGCAGUGGGGCUAGACACGUUUUGUAAUGAGGGGAGUUGUGUGACUUGGGGUACACUGCGUUGUGUGCUCAUGGUGCACUGACCUUGCGCUGUGUGCUUACAUUGCAUGCAUGCCCUCAGGACUCAUACCUCACGAAUCAGGUUUUUUUUCAUAAAGCGAAAUUAUGUAUACAAAAGCUUCCUUUAUCAGAAAUUGAGGUGUGUGUUCAUGAACCCCACAGCACAGAUAUACUUCAUUCUAACCAAUAGAUAGUCUUUCUAAAAUUAUGUGCAAAUUAACUUUAAGAGCUCAAAUUCUGUUUUAAACCUAUUCUGGGAGUGUGCUGUGUUUAAAAAGUCUUGAGUCAAAGCUUUCUGGCAAUGAAUGGUCAGACUAUGAUUAUCAGAUUGGCUCAUGGUGGCUCAUUGGCUCAUACCACACAGAGAGAACAAUUCGUGUAUUUGCCAGUUUAGUCUUACAUAUAUUAUGUUCAACACGGUUACGUAUGUUUUUUAACCCAUUGAUUAAAAUUCUUUCUCUCUAA